AGCCACUGGCUUCCUCCCUUUCCUGCCUCCUGCCUCCUGCCUGUUGGCAAGGCAGAGGACCAAAGGGAGGAGAGGAGAGGGGAAAACCUGUCCCAUAGUGCCUAGGUCUGCCCUUACAACUCUCCCCCACCUCAAGUGACCCCAUUCCAGGGCCUUCCAGGCCACACCCAUCCUUGGCUUUGUGAGGGCCGGACUGGGGUGGGGGGCCUGUUCAGUGAGCAGAAGCAGGAUAGGUCCUCCCCACCCCUCCACGGCUACCCCUCCCACCCAAGCCACCUCAUUUCCUCUUCCUCCCCAGCACCAACACGCACUAAACAGUACAGGCCCAGCAUCUAGAACCAGACUAACUGACCGGAGGCCUAGCUUGUCCUGGCUGACCUGGUCAGCCUCCAGAGUAUGGUCUGGCUGGGGCCUCCUUUGCUGCUCCCCAUCCUCUUUCUGGCUUCUCAUGUCGGCGCCGCGGUGGACCUGACGCUGCUGGCCGACCUGCGGCUCACCGAGCCCCAGCGCUUCUUCCUGACCUGCGUGUCCGGGGAGGCCGGGCCAGGCGCGGGCGCCGACGCCUGGGGACCCCCGCUGCUGCUGGAGAAGGACGACCGCAUCGUGCGCACGCCGCGACCCGGGCAGCCCCCGCACCUGCUGCGCAACGGCUCGCACAGCGUCACGCUGCGCGGCUUCUCGCAGCCCUCAGACCUCGUGGGCGUCUUCUCGUGCGUGGGCGGCGCGGGGCGCACGCGCGUCCUCUACGUGCACAACAGCCCCGGAGCACACCUGCUCCCGGACAAGGUCACACACACGGUGAACAAAGGCGACACGGCCGUGCUUGUGGCACGUGUGCGCAAGGAGAAGCAGACAGAUGUGAUCUGGAAGAGCAACGGAUCCUACUUCUACACCCUGGACUGGCAUGAGGCCCAGGAUGGACGGUUCCUGAUGGAGCUCCCAAAUGUGCAGCCACCAGCAAGUGGUAUCUACAGUGCCACCUACCUGGAAACCAGCCCCCUAGGCAGCGCCUUCUUCCGGCUCAUCGUGAGGGGCUGUAGGGCAGGGCGCUGGGGACCAGACUGCACCAAGGAGUGCCCGGGUUGCCUGCACGGAGGUGUCUGCCAUGAUCAGGAUGGCGAGUGUGUGUGUCCCCCUGGAUUCACUGGCACCCGCUGUGAGCAGGCCUGUAGAGAGGGCCGUUUUGGGCAGAGCUGCCAGGAGCAGUGCCCUGGCACAUCGGGCUGCCGAGGUCUCACAUUCUGCCUCCCGGACCCUUAUGGCUGUUCUUGUGGAUCUGGCUGGAGAGGAAGCCAGUGCCAGGAAGCCUGUGCCCCUGGCCACUUUGGGGCAGAUUGCCACCUCCAGUGCCAGUGUCGGAACGGUGGUACAUGUGACCGCUUCAGCGGCUGUGUCUGUCCCUCUGGCUGGCAUGGAAUGCACUGUGAGAAGUCAGACCGGAUCCCCCAGAUCCUGGAUGUAGCCUCAGAAAUGGAGUUCAACUUAGAGACUACACCCCGGAUCAACUGUGCAGCCGCGGGGAACCCGUUCCCAGUACGGGGCAGCAUGGAGCUCCGGAAGCCCGACGGCACGGUCCUCCUGUCCACCAAGGCCAUUGUGGAGCCAGACAGGACCACAGCUGAGUUCGAGGUGCCCCGCUUGGCACUUGGCGACAGUGGGCUCUGGGAGUGCCGCGUGUCCACAUCUGGUGGCCAAGACAGCCGACGUUUCAGGGUCAAUGUCAAAGUGCCCCCAGUGCCCCUGACUGCUCCUCGGCUCCUGGCCAAGCAGAGCCGCCAGCUCGUGGUCUCCCCACUGGUCUCCUUUUCCGGGGACGGACCCAUCACCUCUGUCCGCCUGCACUACCGGCCCCAGGAUAGCACCAUGGCCUGGUCUGCCAUUGUGGUGGACCCCAGCGAGAAUGUGACUUUAAUGAACCUGAGGCCGAAGACAGGAUACAGUGUCCGCGUACAACUGAGCCGGCCAGGGGAAGGAGGGGAGGGGGCCUGGGGGCCUCCCACCCUCAUGACCACAGACUGUCCUGAGCCCUCGUUGCAGCCGUGGCUGGAGGGCUGGCACGUGGAGGGUCCUGACCGGUUGCGAGUGAGCUGGUCCUUACCCUCGGUGCCUGGGCCACUGGUGGGCGAUGGUUUCCUGCUGCGCCUGUGGGAUGGGACACGGGGACAGGAGCGGCGGGAGAAUGUCUCGUCCCCCCAGGCCCGCACCGCUCUCCUGACUGGACUCACGCCUGGCACCCCCUACCAGCUGGAUGUACGGCUCUACCACUGUACCCUCCUGGGCCCUGCCUCGCCCCCCGCACGUGUGCUCCUGCCCCCCAGCGGACCCCCAGCUCCCCGACACCUCCGUGCCCAAGCCCUCUCAGACUCUGAGAUCCAGCUGACAUGGCAGCGCCCAGAGGCUUCGAUUGGGCCUAUAUCCAAGUACAUCGUGGAGGUGCAGGUGGCUGGGGGCUCAGGAGACCCGCUAUGGAUGGACGUGGACAGGCCCGAGGAGACAAGCACCAUUGUCCGUGGCCUUAAUGCUAGUACGCGUUACCUCUUCCGUGUGCGGGCCAGUAUCCAGGGUCCCGGAGACUGGAGCAGUGUGGCAGAGGAGUCCACCCUGGGCAAUGGGCUGCAGAGUGAGGGUCCGGUCCAAGAGGUCCAAGCAGCCGAAGAGGGUCUGGACCGGCAGCUGAUACUGGCCGUAGUGGGCUCCGUGUCAGCCACCUGCCUCACCAUCCUGGCGGCUCUCCUGACGCUCGUGUGCAUCCGCAGAAGCUGCCUGCACCGCCGACGCACCUUCACCUACCAGUCGGGCUCGGGCGAAGAAACCAUCCUGCAGUUCAGCUCAGGCACCUUGACGCUAACCCGGCGGCCCAAACCACAGCCUGAGCCCUUGAGUUAUCCAGUGCUGGAGUGGGAAGACAUCACCUUUGAGGACCUCAUCGGGGAGGGGAACUUCGGUCAGGUCAUCCGGGCCAUGAUCAAGAAGGACGGACUCAAGAUGAACGCGGCCAUCAAGAUGUUAAAAGAGUAUGCCUCUGAAAAUGACCAUCGGGACUUUGCGGGAGAACUAGAAGUUCUGUGCAAACUGGGACAUCACCCCAAUAUCAUCAACCUCUUGGGGGCUUGUGAGAACCGAGGUUACCUGUAUAUCGCUAUCGAAUAUGCCCCCUACGGGAACCUACUAGACUUUCUGCGGAAGAGCCGGGUCCUGGAGACAGACCCAGCCUUCGCCAGAGAGCACGGCACAGCCUCCACCCUCAGCUCCCGGCAGCUGCUACGUUUUGCCAGUGAUGCCGCCAAUGGCAUGCAGUACCUGAGCGAGAAACAGUUCAUCCACAGGGACCUCGCGGCCCGCAAUGUGCUGGUGGGAGAGAACCUGGCCUCCAAGAUCGCCGACUUUGGCCUUUCUCGGGGGGAGGAGGUUUAUGUGAAGAAGACCAUGGGACGUCUCCCGGUGCGCUGGAUGGCCAUCGAGUCUCUGAACUACAGCGUCUAUACCACCAAGAGUGAUGUUUGGUCCUUUGGGGUCCUCCUCUGGGAGAUCGUGAGCCUUGGGGGCACGCCUUACUGCGGCAUGACCUGUGCUGAGCUCUAUGAGAAGCUACCUCAGGGCUACCGCAUGGAACAGCCUCGUAACUGUGACGACGAAGUGUACGAGCUGAUGCGUCAGUGCUGGCGGGACCGUCCAUAUGAGCGACCUCCCUUUGCUCAGAUUGCGCUGCAGCUGGGCCGGAUGCUGGAAGCCAGGAAGGCCUAUGUGAACAUGUCGCUGUUUGAGAACUUCACUUACGCGGGCAUCGACGCCACAGCCGAGGAGGCCUGAGCGGCUGUCAGGCCAGUACCAGGCUCUGCGGGCCAGAGCAAACUCCACUCUCCAGCCUGUGCCUUCUGAUCCUUGUGGCCUCUGGCCUGAGCUGCCUCGAGGAAUUUUUUUUUUAACUUAAGAAAAGAGGGGAUCCUGGCCACCUGGGUGGCUCUGUUGGUCGAGCAUCUAAC